UUUCCCAGCCGGAACGUAAUAGGCGCGCGCUCGGGCAGAGCAAGCGGCGUGUCAGUGGUAAACAGAGUUUACGAUUAAACAAGUUGAUCAAAUCGCGAAUAAACCCGAUUUAAAGGAGGAAACAUGGCGAAUCAAAGCCAGUUGUGCUCGGUGUGGGUGGGAUCAGAAACGGGAAUACUAAAAGGUGUUAGUCUCAGUAAGAAACGCGCCUUUAACUUCUGCGACAUGAGCAGCAUAAGUAGAGAGCACGGGAUCUGCGCGCUAGCGUGGGGAGACGAGAACGAGAGCGAGGUGUUAGUGGGGUGUGUAAAUGGUACAGUGAAGACAUUCAGUAUAGAGAAGGGCAUUUUCAUUGACAGUCGAUCAUGUGGGGAUUUCUCCCAGGGCCAAUUCACUGGCAUUGCUGUUACUCCAAGUUCUUUGAUCACCUGUGUGGAGUCAGGGUUGCUAAGUGUGUGGACAGAGGGCAGCACUGAUAAAUUGGAGAUAAAUGUUGGAAAGGGAGUUUGCCGGAUGCGACAGAACCCAGCACGGCGCAACUGUGUUGCCACAGGAGGGAAGGAGAACCCACUGAAAGUGUGGGACCUGGAGAGGCCUGAUAAAGCCUUGUUUACUGCCAAGAACGUUGCUAAUGACUGGCUGGAUCUGCGUGUGCCUGUGUGGGUGAGAGACAUGGCCUUCAUCCCAGACUCUGAGAAGAUUGUCACAUGCACAGGAUAUCACCAGGUACGGGUGUAUGACCCUUUGACGCCUCAGCGGCGGCCGGUUCUGGAGGCGGAGUUUGGGGAGUAUCCCCUUACGGCGUUGUCACUUCCUGCUGGACAUGACCGAGUGGUGGUGGGAAACACACAUGGGCAGAUUGCCAUACUGGACCUACGCAAAGGGCUGGUACGUGGGUGUGUAAAGGGUUUAGCGGGCAGUGUGCGGGGGCUGGAGUGUCACGCCUCCUCUCCGCUGCUAGCCUCCUGUGGACUCGACCGCUUUCUCAGAAUACACAGCCUGGAGGACAGAUCUACACGGCACAAGGUCUACCUGAAGUCUCAGCUGAACUGUGUUCUGCUCUCCAGCAAAGACCUGGAGCUGCUUAGAGAGGUGGAUACUGGGGAGGUGGAGGACGUGAAUGAGAAGGAGAUUGAUGAAGUUUGGGAUGUCAUGGAGACAGUGAGUGAGAAAGGAGACAAGAGAGCUGUGCUGGAGGAAGAGGAAGAAGAUUCUGAAGAAACUGUAGAGACCAAGGACAAAAAGAAGAAGCGAAGGAAGACAAAGAAGUGAUUUAAACUGGAACUUUUCUGUUCGUUGAUGUUUAAAGAAUUUUAUGAUAAAAUAAAAUUUCACUCCUUGUUUAUAGA